AUGUCUGAAUAUAUUGGUUCUUCAACAGGAACCUCUCCAUCACCUGAGAUGGCACCACCACCAACACAAUCUAUACCAUUUCCAACCCAAUCUGCAGAAGAAGCAGUAGUGCCAGUGUCACCUCAAACUGAAGAUUAUGAUGAUGACUCAGUAAUUGAAAUCAACUCAGAGACUAAACCUAGAGGUCCUUUAGGAGAUUAUGCUGUGGAUAGUGGGAAAAAUGGGACAAGUGGAAUGCUUAACCACAUUAGAAAGUAUUGCAGUUAUUACCCUGCAAAUGUUGACAAAAACCAGAAAAUAAUUAGUGGUGAUAAGAGUCAAGGUAACAAGCUUGUAGCCAGGGGGUUUGUGCAAACUGAUGUUUUGGAAGCUUGUGCUGAGAUGAUUAUUAUAGAUGAGCUUCCAUUCAGUUUUGUAGAAAAGAAGGGCUUUAGGAAAUUUUGCAGCAUUGCUUGCCCUUUGUUCAAUGUUCCUAGCAGGAGAACAAUUAGGCUUUCUAAGUCUAUUUUGGCCAUUAGAAAUGCAGUUAGGUAUGUUAGAUCUUCUCCUCAAAAGUUGGAGUUUUUUAAAACCUGUGUGGAAGCAGAGGGAUUGUCCAUCAAAGAUAUGGCUUGCAUGGAUGUCCCCACAAGGUGGAAUUCGACAUUUAUAAUGUUGGAUGCAGCCUUAAAAUAUAAAAAGGCUUUUGUAAGAAUGGGGGAGGAUGAAGAUAGCCCUUUCUUGGCUUACUUCAAGGAACCAGAACAUGAAGUUGAUGAGGAUGGUGUGGUUGCGAGCAAUACUAACAAUAUUAGGGUUGGACCACCAAGUGAAGAUGAUUGGGAGAAUGCUACUGUUUUUGUGAAGUUCUUAAGGGUUUUUUAUGAGGUCACACUAAAGGUGAGUGCAUCUUUGCACCCUACUGUCAAUAAAGCUUUUCAUUCUAUUUUAGCAAUAGAAAAGGAGAUUGAUAAAUUGUUUGUGUCACCUGAGAUGACUACUGGUUCAGAAGUAGAAAAAGUGUUGGUUGAUAUGGCAAGCAAAAUGAGAGAAAUACAAUAA